AUGAUCCCUUAUUACAGUCACCACUGAAAUUUGACCUGACCACCUUCCAUCGCGACAAUGGAGCCGUGAAAGCCGUUGACUUUUUCUAUCGACAUGCUCUCGUAAAGCUCUUGACCAAUCUACACAUGCCGUCCAGUUCCGCCGUCUUCCCCUUCCGUUCGCGAUGCAAACCAAAACCGCAACUCUCCUCGCAGCCUCAACGAUCGCCCUUCUCCUAAUCCUCCUCGCCAUCCUCCGCCACACCAUCGGCCACAAAACAGCCAUCUUUAUCAUCGCCGGCCUCUCCUCCGUCGUCCUCCUCACACUCCUCCUUUCCCUAAUCAUCCGCCGCUCCACCACAAACAUCCGCCGCCACUCUUCCGUCCAGCGCCGCCUCUCCAUCAGCGCCGACACCACUCUUCGUCUCCAAUUCAGUUUCCUCCGUAAAGUCGCCGGCUUGCCGGUCAACUUUCCCUAUAAAGACCUCGCAGCUGCCACCGAUAACUUCCGCGCCCCCAUCGGCCGUGGAUCCUCCGGCUCUGUUUUUCGAGGAAUCCUCGACGACGGUACUCUAAUCGCCGUCAAACGAAUCGAUCGUUUAGCGGAACAGGGAGACAAAGAUUUCCGCUCUGAAAUCGCUGUGAUCGCCGGCGUUCAGCAUGUAAAUCUCAUCCGCCUCAUCGGCUA